AUGACUAUAUCUCUCAAUGACUUGGUGAAUUGGCUGCAUAUCACUCCAUUUGAAUUGUCUAUUCACAUAGUUGGAAUUAUUUUCAGCUUAAGUAUAGCUGUUCUUUGGGAUGAAAAGAUCUUGGAUAUACUAUGUACAGAUCAAAAGGAGAUAGUCCUAUGGUGGGUUUUUUUGCCGUUAUGGUGUGCCGAUGCUCUUGUCUCUUAUUUUAAUCUUGUGAUAUUUUUCAGACGUAUACAUUAUCACAAAGUUGUACGUCGAAGUUUCUGUCAUCAUGGAUUUCGUCCUGAUUAUCUACCUCCUCCGCCGUGCAUUUCUAUUAUAACACUUCAAGAUUAUUUACAAGAAUUUUUUGGAGGAAUGAAUAAAAAGAAGUCAGUUGGUAAAGAUGCAUUCCGAUUCUUUCCUUGUUUAACAGAGGUUCUGAACACCCAAACAAUGCACAGGUAAACUUUUAUUCACCUUUGUUGAUAAACAUGUUGAAACGUUGGCGUUUACUAAUAAUUUGAUAAACACUCAGUGACCCAGCCGUUCUACAUAAAACAAGAUAUGGAUUAAGACCAAAGUAUAUCAUCAGAGGCAUGUAUGUGCUUAAAUGACUAAUAACAAUUUAUUUGAAUGGAAAACAGAAUACCAUCGAAGAUUGUUUUAACGCGUCCUAUUACCGAAACUACCGUAUAUAAGUUCCAUCACCUCAAUCAAACUAAAUAGUAUUAUUAAAAUAUAAUAAUAAUAAUGGUGAGACGGAAAGGUACAACCAGAUAGAAUUCCUUCAGUUAAGGAAGUUACGACCAAUUUUUAUGAAGUAAAAGGAGGUUACGGCAGGAUCGCCAUUAGCUUCUAUUCUGAACCAUAUCUGAUAACGUCUCUAGCC